AGAAGAGGCUGCAGGCGCUUUGGAGGUACCACCACUCUGGUGCUGCCACAAGGGUGGACAUUGUGGUCACACAACUUGUGCUUCUGAUCAGGGUCACGUUGCUCAGACUCAGAGUGAGUUGAGGGGAAAGGCAAAUGCAGGCCCUUUCCAAGGAAGUUCUCAGCCGGGAGGAAUGCUUGUCAUAAGAUCGUAGUGGCAAAGUUGUGCGUUCGGCAUUGGAGUGGAGUGGCAUGUCUCUGUGUGACGGUGUUAUCAGCACCCUGUGAACAUCACCCUGUUGGCGAUAGCUUUAGAGUGCACUUUGGAAACGCCUCACAUAUGCAUUUAGUUGAGGCUCGUCAAUAGAAAUCGACGCAUCCAACUGUAGGAACCACCAUCAGGUCUCAGGGCGUCCCAUCUGCAUCAUUCAAGGAGCAAGAAGACCCAAAUCAGACGCCUUGGGGGAAAAGUCCCGCCCCUUCUUAGACAGUGAGCAUGGCGGACACCACAGAUGAGAUCGCCGAGGAGAUGUCCUUCCAGCCACUAGAAGAUGACUGCAAGCUCCUGGGUUCUCUGCUCGAUGAUUGCCUCAGGCAUGAAGUGGGAGAGGAAUUCAUGGCGCGGAUUGAGAAAGUCAGAUCACUGGCUCAUAGUGCGUCAGACCUGAAGGCGUCAGGAGUGGACGAUGCUGCUAGCUACCUAUUCCAAAUUCUGGACAAAGAGCUGACGAGCAUGGACAUCAACGAAGCAGUCCCGCUCACACGGGCCUUUUCGCAUUACCUUUCCCUGACUGGUAUUGCAGAAAUGCACCACAGAGUCCGUAAGACAAAGACUGGCGGCGUUCUCUCCAAGUCCUGCGACGACGUUUUUGGCCGGCUCAUCGCAAGCGGCCUGUCUCCGGAGGAGGUCUUCGACGCCGUUCUGAAGCAAGAGGUGGAGAUCGUCCUCACUGCGCAUCCGACACAGAUCAACCGGCGCACGCUGCAGUACAAGCACCUCCGUAUGGCGCAGCUGCUGGAGAAGAACGACAGGACGGAUCUGGCGCCAGAGGACAGGGAGCUCCUGAUUGAGGACAUGGUGCGUGAGAUCGUUUCCCUCUGGCACACCGACGAGCUGCGGAGGUCGAAGCCCAGCUCUCUUGACGAGGCCCGUGGCGGCCUUCACAUCGUCGAGCAGUCCCUAUGGAAGGCCGUCCCUGCAUACCUCAGGCGCGUCAGCAACGCACUGAAGAAGCACACGGGCCGCCCUCUCCCGUUGACCGCGGUCCCCAUCCACUUCGGCUCGUGGAUGGGAGGCGACAGAGACGGUAACCCCAACGUGACCGCCAAGGUGACCCGGGAGGUGGCCUAUUUAGCCCGCUGGAUUGCAGCGGACUUGUACCUCCGCGAGAUUGACACGCUGCGCUUCGAGCUGUCCAUGGACAAGUGCAACGAGAAGCUGGCGCGACUCGCGGAGGAGCUUCGUGCAGCGGAUUUGGAGGAUGCGGACCACCACGGACACCACGAGCACAACCACGACUGGGGCCACGUGCCGAACGCCAGCAAGCUGGGCACGGUGACGCUGCCCCCAGGCGUACACCUGACGUCGGACCUCAGCAUCAAUGCUGAUGAGUUCCUCGAGCCCGUGAUCGAGCCGCCAAUUCACUCGGAGGCUGAGAGGCCUCAGGAGCCGACGAGCAGCCAGCCUUCGCCUCGCGAGCCCACCCAGCCUCCGACCAGCCUUUGGCCCGCCGCAACCCCGGGCCCCCCACCCUCUCCCCGGGGUCCGUCCGCAAUCACGGCGGCAGCCCUGACGGCCCCCCCGGCGCUGCCCCAGAUCUCCACCACCCGGACCACAGCCCCCGGGAUCACGAACCCGUCGCCAAAGGGCGGCCCGUCGCCGAAGACGGCGCCAUCGUACCCGGUCGCCGCAAACGGAGUCGCGGCGCCGUCGCCCAGGGUCUCGACUGCGACUGGCGUCUCGGCCGGGGUGGCAAACAGCCCGUUCGUGCAGGCUCCGAACCUGAAACCGGUGUCCGCACCAGCGGCCGGGGGAGCCCCCUUAACCGGGGGAAUGUCGUCGGCAAAGCGGCGCCCGUCGGACCCGAACUUCAAGACAUCCAACGUAGAGAAGAUGCUCAACCCGGGCAGCCAGAUGUACCUGGCGCCGUACCGCGUGGUCCUUGGUGACGUCAGGCAGAAGCUCGUGAACACCCGCCGGCGCAUGGAGCAGUUCCUGGACCACCAGCCUCCCUCUACCGAGGAGGAGUACUACGAGACCGGAGAACAGCUGGCAGCACCUUUGCUGGCGAUCUACGAGUCGCUGCACCAGACGGGGGCGGGUAUCAUUGCUGACGGAAGGCUGGCAGACACCAUCCGCCGGUGCCACACGUUCGGAAUGAACCUGAUGAAGCUGGACUUGCGCCAGGAAGCGGACCGCCACACCGAGGCGAUUAACGCCCUGACCGAGUACCUGGGGAUGGGCUCCUACAAGGAGUGGACCGAGGAAAAGAAGCUCGAGUUCCUGGUGAGCGAGCUGCGUGGAAAGCGGCCGCUGAUCCCCAACAACAUCGAGCUCAGCGAGCCCGUAGCGGAGGUCAUCGACACGUUCAAGAUCGCCGCGGAACUGGGCACCGGCUCGCUGGGAGCGUACGUCAUCUCCAUGGCGUCCGAGGCGAGUGACGUGUUGGCGGUGGAGCUGCUCCAGCGCGAGGCGCGGCUGAUGCAGCACGGCGACUCCAAGGGCGUGCGCAAGGGCAGCCUGCGCGUGGUGCCCCUCUUCGAGACGGUCGCCGAUCUGCAGGGCGCGGGCGCCGCCAUGCGCCGCCUGCUGUCGGUCGAUUGGUACCUCCAGCACCUGAUCGACAACCACGACAGCCACCAGGAGGUCAUGCUGGGCUACUCCGACUCCGGGAAGGACGCCGGCCGCUUCACCGCUGCGUGGGAGCUCUACAAAGCGCAGGAAGACCUGGUCGCCGUUCUCUCCGAGUUCAACAUCCGGCUCACUCUUUUCCACGGGCGGGGCGGCAGCGUCGGCCGGGGGGGUGGUCCCAUGUACACCGCUAUUCAGUCCCAGCCCCCCGGGUCGGUCCAGGGGACAAUCAGGGUGACUGAGCAGGGGGAGAUGAUCCAAGCCAAGUUUGGGCUGCCGGCGGUGUGCCUGCGCCAGCUGGAAAUCUACACCACGGCCGUGCUGCUGGCGACGAUUCACCCUCCGGAGCCAGCCAGGAAGCAGAGCUGGCGCCAGGUGAUGGAGGAGAUCUCCGAGUCGAGCUGCGAGCACUACCGGGACGUGGUGUACAAGAACGAGGACUUCCUGACGUACUUCAAGGAGGCCACCCCCGAGGGCGAGCUGGGCAACCUCAACAUCGGAAGCCGCCCGACGCGCCGUAAGAAGAAUGGCGGCGUGCGCCAGCUGCGGGCCAUCCCCUGGAUCUUCGCCUGGACGCAGAACCGGCUGAACCUGCCAGCGUGGCUGGGCGUCGGCGCGGGCCUGCGUGCAUCGAUGGCCAAGGGCCACACGGAGGAGCUGCAGGCGAUGUACCGCCAGUGGCCCUUCUUCCAGUCCACGGUCGACCUCAUCGAGAUGGUGUGCGCCAAGGCCGACAUGACCAUUUCGCAGCACUACGACGACGUGCUCGUCGCCGGCGAGCGUAAGAGCCUGGGCGCCAAGCUGCGCGAGGACUUCGACGCCACCGUUGCGGCGGUGCUGGAGGUGAGCGGCCACACGAAGCUUGCCGAGAACAACAAGACGCUGCGCCGCCUUAUUGACACGCGCAGCCCACAUCUGAACCCCAUCAACAUGCUGCAAGUCGAGAUCCUGAAACGGCUGCGACAGGACGAGAGUAACCAGAAGCUGAGGGACGCAUUGCUCAUCACCAUCAACGGAAUUGCGUCUGGGAUGAGGAACACGGGUUAAGAACAAGUUAGGAACACAAAAAGAUUGUUAGCGUUGCUGAACUACCGGAACUUUGCUGGGCUUGCAGCUUAUGGAAGCUACGUAAGUAGUAAGAAGCGUUAUGUUUAGAAACGCAAACGGGGUAUGGACGGCUGACACUCUUCAUUGAGAGAUUGUAAUGAGAACGCUGGCGGACGAACAAUUGCUCCCCGUCCUUCAUAAGCCGGAAGCUACUAACACCCGGGCGAUCCAUUGGAACUGGGCUAUUGAGGUAGAGAAAGUAGGAAACGAUUCAUUAUAUGUGGGGGCCGCAACGUGGGGGCCGCCAAGGGGUUGCGGAUGCACGUCUUAGUCGCGUCGAGAGGUCUUCAGUUGCGUCGAGGUCAUCAC